UCACUGACAAAGCUUGCCCGUCACUAGAGACGUGUCUAAACCAGCGAACUUCAGAAUAUAUAGAAGAAAUAAACUCGGAGGGGAGUUUAAUUUACUUUUGCAACCGAAACAACGAAAAGGAAUAUAAACAAAAAUAUGAAGCUCUUUCACGUAUGGAGCGUUGCUAUGACAACGAUGUUCGUCGUCCGGACAUCGGCAAGACCAACGACACAGACAACACCAGAUCUUCUACAAAAAUUUCUCAGCACUCUUGGUCCAAAUACUGAGGGGUCAUCCGACCCUGGCGAUCUGACGUCACCAAGUUUUUUAAUUCCACGUUUAAUCUACUCGCUAUCACAAGAUUACGACUACAUUGUAUCGCACGACAAAAAACAGCGACACGUCCGCAGGGGGGCGCCGUUUCCUAGAAAUUGGAAACAUGGGAAGAAGCCUCAUGGCGGCACCGAUUCUUCGGUGACACAGAGCCGAUACCGUGCCCGUUACAACCGUCCACGGUGCUACAUGAACCACAGUGGGGAGUGCAGGCGAAUAGUUAAAUGCGGAUUUCUUUCCCCACUUGACCGGAUCUCAAGAAACCCAAAAUUCGGAUGCAAACAUCUGCCUAACUUCGCCGCAUCAAGAAGGUUGUAGCACCAGACCUCUCUGCACUCGAAGUCGCGCCACACGAUUACGCCCCGGACAUCGCGUUAAUGUUGUUUCUAUAUGGAGUGUCAGAAUUUUUUCGAAUCCCUCGCAUUCUAUACCAACCAUUUCAAAGACCCCGCACUUACAUCUGCUGCAAUUACACCCAGAAUAAUAAGAGUAAUUCCGGGCUUUGGUCUCAAGCCGGUACACAUAAGUCAUACAGCUUAAUACUAUAAUUGUCGGUGUUUCUGAUUCGUGUAUCAGCGAACACCAGGCACGGGUUGCAUUAUACAUUUCCGGCACGGAGGCGCGGCUUCACUAUUACAAGCUCAUAAUGUCGUCACCAUUACGUCACUGUUACGUCACCAAGUCACGUGAGACUGCCAUUCUCCCUGUAACCCCUCACUGUGGUCACUUUUCGUACACAUAUUUAUUUAUAAGUCAUCACUUCAAUUUAUGUCGUCUUGUGUUCGUGUUUUUUCUCUUAUUAUCAUGAACAAUGCCUUAUUUGUUACGUAA